UGCAAAGCAGCUGUAGUCGACCCCAGUCCUGGCGUUACGGGCUCUCGUCCACAGCUGCUAUUUUUCAUACCAGCUGCAUCCCCAGCGAGGAGUGGAGAGGCUGAUUAGUAGUGGUGGUGGGCGUCUCGGUCGGAGCUUUCUUAAGAAGAAAGGGCUUUGAAUGAGCCAAUGAAAGCUGUUGCCAGGGAACCAGAUGCCACGAGCAGGCCACUCCAGCAGCCUUGUAAGAAUACAAGCACAGAGGCCAGGAGUGCUGGAGACUAUUUGAACUGGAAGUCUCCAGAAGACUACAUCCUUGUCAGCAAAGCCCAGCAUGGGGCCAGUGCCAGUCAGCACUCCUGGAACCUUUUUCUUCCUAAGACCUUCAGCACAAGAAAGGGGGCACUGAUUCUCUACUCAGAAGGGCUAGCUGCGUCAGCAUGGACACCCAGAGAAAGGAGAAGAGGUCCCAGGAAGAAGCAGGACCUUGGACUGCAUACACUUCAAGACCUCAAAGAAGCCAUCUUGGCAUAUGGAAGGAGAAAGAGGAAGCAGGACAGCGCCUGGCGACCUUACCUCUACUUCCGAAGCAAGCCAGAGAGACAGACCCAACGGCAGAUCCAGCCUGGGUAUUCGGCCAAGAGAUACCUCCGAGGCCUUCUGCGGACAUGGCCCCCUGACACCAUGCACCGGCUCCAGUGUGCAGGACACAUCAGGGACUCUGUGCUGCUCCAGGACAGUCAGCUUGGGAUACCCAAGAAUCUCAGGCCACAACAGGAUCUUUCAGGUGUACCCCCAAAAUACCAUCUCCUGCCUGUCAUCCCUUCAUUUUGGAUUCAACAGAGAUCGUCUUAUGCACAAGGUCUGGAUGAAUGGGAAAUUGAUGCAUACAUGGACCAGGGCUCUGUUGCUCAGAACCACAGCAAUCAGGACACUCACCUGACAUCAGUCAGGAAGCAACCAUGGCAGGAAGAUGAAUUCCGGGCCAAGGACACAUUGCAAGAGAGCCGCCUCCGUGUCCGUGUCCACGCUUUGGAGCAAAGUCACAAUGGAAGGAAUCAGCGUCAAACCUCUAGGGAGGUCCUGGGGCGUGCCUCAUUCAGUUACUUUCAGCUUCCUACUAACAAAUCCUUCUUCAAGUUCUACUGUGGAGCCUUCCCAGACAAACAAAGGAGCGUGAAGCCCCACAAGGCCAGAGGCAGCUGCUUGUCACAGGAGCCUCCUGUUGAAAGACGCCUUUUCCCUCCUUUAGCAUCUGCCCUUGGCUCAGAACAAAAUACCCUUGGGGAAAAAAAGAAAAAAAAGGCACCGAGGACUCUGAAAUUACCUCCUGUUCCAGAAGAACCACCCAGAGUCCUGAACCCCCUGAGGAGACGAUCUAAAGGCAAUGAACCCCCAAAGGAGCUCUUCAUUAUCCCCAUGGAGAUUCAUUUACAUGCCCCACAACCCUCAAAAGAAAAGGCCUGCAGAAGAGGUAUUCAGCAUCCUGAGUCAGAACCAGAAGAAGCCACGCCUCUGUGGUGGCCUCCCAUGAAGCAUCUGUACGUAGAAAGGCCAAGGGGGAUAAUGGUGCAUCUCCCAGUGGACAGCAGCCAGGACACAGCCUCACCUCAAGAAGAUGGUGAUAUCCUGGCUCAGAGCGUGAAUCAACCCCUGGGUCUCCUACCCCCAAUGAAAGGAAAGAAAAGUCCAGAGAUCCAGAGAGACAUGGACAGAAGCAGGACAUCGGGCUUCAGUAGUCCCACAGGUUGCCCAAAUGAGAGGGCACCGCCAGCAGGACCAGAAGACUCCAGAGAUCUGACCUUGAAACACUUCUUCCUGAAUCCAGAUGGUGAAAACGUUUGCCUGACGCUCCCGAGGCUCAUGGGAACAGAGGUGCCUCCACUGGGACAAGCAAACACCGGAGCUGGAGCCAGUCUUCGUGGAAAUCUUUAUGAAACCUCCUCACGUUUGGCUCAAGCUGCAGAGAGUCAGGAACGUGGAGAUGAACUUGACUCUCAUGAAGAACCAGGAGGACCCCUCAGAGGAAAUGCCAAAGACAGCCAAGACCCAGAACUAAGGAACAAGACCCUUGCCCCACUCAGUACUGCCCUGGCUGAGUACAACCAGCCCUCUGAGGCUGACACCUUAAAGAGCAUGGACGGAGAUUACAAUGUGCACCGCCCACACAGAGGACCUCGAAAACGUGAGCCUGCAUUCCCAAAGAAGUUGGCUUCUGAGACUCCAAGAAAAAAGAAGAGAAGGAGACCAAAACUGUUCAAACAGAAGACUCUAGUUGCCAUCAGUCAUGGAAGGGAUUUGGUUGACAAGGCUAAGAGAAAGAAAAGAACCAAGACACACCAGGCCAAAGCUCCCAAGAAUGAGAGGGAAGAAAGGGGCCUGGGGCAAGCAGAGGCUGCUGGAGGAAAGCCAAAGCAUUCAAAAAUUAAAAAGAAAUCAGAGCUAACUCCAAAAGAAGAGCAACUGGGAAGCAAAAUGAAAAGGUCACGUAAAGAGAGGAACAUGGAGAUGGCGGCAGGGCUGAGCAAGCCAGACAUCACCAACUCCAGGGAAGCAGGAGGCACCUCACAUCCAGGGCUCCUCCGCUCCCACUCUGCGGCUGGACAACUUUCUCUUGAACUCGAUGCUCUGGAGAGUCAGGUUGCUAUAGAUGGAAGAUUAUCAUCCAUCCAGGCCACAGAUGUCACUAGUGACAUGGAAUCUGAAGAGGAGAGAAGCCAUGGAGACCCUGCCAAGGCCCUCCAGGAUGAGAAGCAGCAGGAGAAGGCUUCUCGGGACAGAAUUCGAAUAGAGAAGGCACAGAUGAGAUGGCUGAAGGUGGAGCAGAGGAGAAGGGAACAGGAGGAGCUGACUUGGCUCCAUCAGGAGCAGCUGGAGAAAGCAGAGAAGAUGAAGGAGGAGCUGGAGCUGGAGCAGCAAAGACGAGCUGAGGAGAACCGCCUGAGAAAGCAGAGACUGGAGGAAGAGAGGCAGCAACAGGAAGAAGCUGAGAGGAAACGGAGGCUCCAGUUGCAGGCAGCCCGGGAGAGAGCAAGGCAGCAGCAGGAGGCACUCCGCAGGAAACUGCAAGAAAUACAGAGAAAAAAGCAGCAGGAGGCGGCAGAGAGGGCUGAGGCAGAGAAGCUAAGGCAGAAGGAACUGGAGAUGCAGUUAGCAGAAGAACAGAAACGCCUGAUGGAAAUGGCUGAAGAAGAACGGUUGGAGUACCAGCAGCAGAAACUAGCAGCAGAAGAGAAAGCUAGGCAGGAGGCUGAGGAAAGGAGGAAACAGGAAGAGGAAACAGCAAAGCUAGCCCUGGAAGAAGCCACAAAACUUGCCCAGGAGCAAAUCAGGUACUUGGACAGGGGGACAACUGCUGUCAGGGCUUGUUUUGAGGCUUGAAGGGCCAGUGCCAAUGCUGACCACUGCUUGUAAGCAAGCAGUUCUCUCAACCCCUACAACAUGGCUAGAAAGACUAAACACACAGAGCCAUUCUCCAGCUACAAACAGUGCAGGAUUCUGUCUUGGUUUAUGGAGUUUGUAUUGAAGCUUGAUGGAAAUUUAGAGAUCAUUUAUCUUGAUCUCCUGGUUUACAGAUAAAAAUGAACCCCAAAUCAAAACAAACAACAAUAAAAACAAAUACCAAGGCUA